UUUUGUGCGUAAAUUCUCUCUCAGCAUCCUGGGGAAUCGGCUAUCGUGGGCUUCGUGCGAUCGAUCAGCGGAUCGAUCGAGCAUUCGUAUACGUGUAGUUGAGUGGAAUAAAUCGUAUGAUUAUAACGUUGUAAAGACAUUCUACGUUCUAGUGUUUUUUUAUCCCUUUUUGCGACUUCGUGAAAGAACAUUUGGUGACCCCGACGUGAUACGUUCUACGUGAAAAAGGUUAAAUAAUAGUGAGUUGUGCUACGUGCUAGUGAAAAGAAGGCAAUAUGCCGACGGAGGAUCAAACAGCAGACGAAAACCAGCGGAUCAAGCUGGAAGCGACUCGCCAACUGACAGGCCUAGAAAGUGCGCUGCAAAACAUUUUAUCGCAAGCGCGCGAAGGUAGAUUGAGCCAGCAAAUGGCUAAGAGUAAGGAUGAGAUCGCAGCGUUAUUGUGGAGCGAAGGCAAUAAAGCGCUGUUGCAGCUGGAAGCAAUAUCGGGUCCGCAACCGCGACGCGAUACGUUCGUUGAGGCCUACGCGCAAGUGAAAACCGAACUGAGGAAAGUGUAUGCGGUGGAAGUGCCGCCUACUCCGCAGUUAGAUGUAACACUUGCAUCAACCCCUUCCCGCUCCGAUCACCUCCCGCGCAUCGAACUUCCGAAGUUUAACGGUGAUCCUUCGGAAUGGCCAGCGUUCGCGGGACGGUUCGAAAAGCGGAUUGUCGGUUUGACAGGUGAUGCGGAGCGGUACGCGUUCCUUAUAAAGUGUUUCGAUCGGUGCGAUAUUGCGCGGAACAGUUGCGAAGCCUUCGAAAACGCUGGUAUGCCCUUCGAAAGGGCAUGGAGUAAGUUGGAGGAAAGGUUCUACAAGAAACGGGUAGCUUUCCUCAGCCACUUUAACUAUCUCAGAGACCUUCCAAAAAUGACUGUGGCGUCUUCCAACGGGCUUAUGCGGAUAAUAGAUGUGGUCGAAACAUCAACCUCCGCAGCGAAGCAAAUUGCAGGCGCAAGCGGACAACGGCCUAGCGUGGUGGAGGAUGGAAUGCUAGUGAGCCUGGUUAUGUCCAAGCUAGACGAUGAAACCAUAACCAGAAUAUCCCGUAGGCUGGACGUCCACACCAUUCCGACGUGGAAGGAACUGCGCGACGAGCUCGAUAGGUUGUCGAGUUCGCUAUACUAUGAGCCGCGGAAAAGCGCCGCGUCCCGUCCUGACCGCGCUUCUACUAGUAGCAAGCGCCCAAUACGUGCGGCAUUCGUAGCCACGGUGGAUACGGCCACUUACUGCUGUCCAUGCCAAUCCUGGCUCCGUCGAAGCGCUCACUCCAGCACACUUUUUGAUCGCGCGGGCCUCAUUCUCUAUUCCUGCUACCAUCCAAAACGAUGAUACGGACGGUGUCAAGACGAGAUGGAAGCGCGUGCAAAAAUUGUCCCAGCAAUUUUGGUCUCGCUGGCAAGCCGAUUACCUGUCCCAGCUACGAUGCCACGCCAAAUGGACAAAACGAACUUCGAACGUGCAAGUUGGGCAGGUUGUACUGGUUGGAGACGACAACCUUCCGGUCGGUCGAUGGCCCAUGGGGAUAGUUACGAGAACUUAUGUGGGACCUGACGAUAUGGUACGCGUUGCUGACAU